CCCAACGAUGUUGAACUCCUCGUAGUCCGAGACGUAACGGAAGCAGAUUCUGGUUCUAAAAUCUCCCGGCUGAGAUUCAGAUGAAUUCGAAGUUAUGAUCGUACUGCGCAUCCGGCGCACUGCAACUACGCCACUCCUGUCUUCUCCUUUCACUUCUUCACAGCCUAUACACCCCCCACCUCCAAGCUUGACAUUACCCGUAGCUAAAAUCUCUCUCGGAUUUAACGGUGCAGGCAGCUUAACCUUCACUCGUCGUCGCACAAAUCAUCAACCAAGAACGGCCAAUUCCUACAUGGCCGGGGUCGGUUCCAGCGUCGUAAAUCCAACUUAUGCCGAGAUAAUUGUGGUGCGUCACGGUGAAACAGACUGGAAUGCCGAUGGAAGAAUUCAGGGACAUCUGGAUGUUGAACUAAAUGAUACUGGAAGACAACAAGCAGCCACUGUGGCUGACAGACUAUCCAGGGAGCCUAGCAUCUCUGUUGUAUACUCUUCUGACUUGAAACGAGCUCUCGAAACUGCACAGAUAAUUGCGGCCGGCUGUGGUGCGCAAGAGGUUAUUAAAGAACCUGACCUAUGGGAAAGACACUUGGGGGAUCUUCAAGGCCUUGUACUACGUGAAGCUGCAAAACUUAGUCCUAAAGCUUACCAGGCUUUUCUAAAUCAAAGGACAGAUCAGGAAAUUCCAGGUGGCGGGGAAAGUCUUGAUCAACUUUAUGAACGUUGCACAUCAUCAUUAGAAAGAAUUGGUAAAAAGCAUAGAGGAGAACGAGUGAUCGUGGUUACCCAUGGGGGAGUUAUCAGAACACUGUACAAGCGAGCUUGUCCAAAUGGAAGGUCUCGAGGGAAGGUACUGAAUACAUCCAUCAACAUCUUUUGCUUGUCAGACAAGGAUGAGUGGACCAUAAAAUUGUGGGGUGAUGUUAGUCAUCUCGACAAAACAGGAUUUCUGGAGUCGGGUUUUGGUGGGGACAUAACUUCUGGUUAGUUCGUGCAGAGUGUGCUAUAUCAUUUCGCAGUCGCCUAUAUUUCAAGCAUGGCUUUAACCAAGAUUGAAACAACUAUUUCGAAGCAGCAUUGAGCUGGACUUCUACAAGGAACUAAGAACUCUGCCAUUAUUGAAUGCUCAAGCAGCAGGGAUUUUUUGGCCCAAAUAUACCUAGAAUUGGGAUUAUCAUUGUUAAGUAUAUAUUUACUUCUGAUUACUGUAUUUUCUUAUCAAAAGUAUAUUUCUGUCAUCACUGUUGUUAAGAUAUACUCAGAACUACUAAAUAAUGAUGUGAUGAUGAUUUAUCUUUCUGCAAUGGAAAUUUUUAUCAAAACAUGAUUUAUGCA